CAAUAUGGAGUACAGAAAAUAGCCUGAUUCACUUUCUCGCUGCAUUUCACUGCCCUCAUUCACUUUUGGGCCACUUUUGCAUUCCGGGCACAAAUGAUGAACUCUCCCCCGUAGAUGUCAGCCGACAGGACUCGCUCACGUACGUUUUACAUAUUUCCAAAUACCGUCUGAAUGUAAACUGUUUACUAGCUUACUUAACGGUCACAACAACCGCGCUGACGGGCAGUGAACGGCAAAACUGUUGGAACUCUGUAAAACUACUGGUUUCCUUAAAAACACUGUGUCAUUUCGACGCCCUCAAUAUCCGGAGGAAGACAUAAAUACUCGAUAGUUUCCUCGACAGCACUUAGCAAGUUGUGCCGACCGACCGGCGGGGUUAUCGGGUGAAAGGUGACAUCGCGUCAGUCCAUUGACCCGUAGAAUGCACAAUGCAGCGAGUGUCUCAGCCUCUCUGGGGUCCGUGGGACUGUUGCGUCUCUUCGGGGUGUCCUGGUCCUGGACUCUGGCAGCAGGCCUAGGGGUUUAUCUGGGCACAAGGAGCUGGAAAUACUUCUACAUAGCAGCACGAACAGCCAAGAGAGACCUCAAUGGCCUGUACGUGCUGUUGAGAGUGAAGCUGGAUUUAUGGCGCUACGUGCGCAAUGGCAGUAACAUUCCUUCCAUUUUCGCCCAGACGGUAAAACGGCACCCAAAUAAACCAGCACUGAUUUAUGAGGCCACAGGGGAAACGUGGACCUUCACCCAGCUUGACGAGCUGUCGAAUGCGGUGGCCCACUGGGCAAGAGGUCAGGGGUGGGUCUCAGGGGAUGUGGUGGCCCUCUUCAUGGAGAGUAGGCCGUUGCAGGUGGCGCUUUGGCUGGGCUUUGCCAAGGUUGGGGUGGAAGCUGCACUCAUCAACUUCAACCUUCGCCAUGAUUCCCUGCUGCACUGUAUCGGGGUGUCUGGGUCACGGGCUGUUGUGUUCGGAGCUGAGCUUGCUGAUGCCAUGUUGGAGGUCAGCUCAUCCAUCAACCAGUCCAUGAUACGGUUUUGCACAGGAGACCUCAGUGCAGAAUAUCUGGCCCGACUGAAUGCCCAGUUCCUGGACCCAAUUUUAGCCUCUUCACCUCGACAUGCCCCUUUACCUUGUGUUCCCCCCAAAGGCAUGAACGACCGUCUAUUUUAUAUUUACACCUCCGGCACAACAGGACUGCCCAAGGCUGCCAUUGUGGUACACAGUCGUUACUACAGAAUUGCUGCUUUUGGGUAUUUUGCCUUUCGCAUGUGCCCUGCUGACAUCAUCUAUGACUGUCUGCCCCUCUAUCAUUCAGCAGGUAAUAUCAUGGGAGUCGGUCAGUGUCUGAUCCACGGCCUCACUGUGGUAGUGAAGAAGAAAUUCUCUGCCAGCCGCUUCUGGGAAGACUGCAUUAAGUACAAUUGCACUGUGGUGCAGUAUAUCGGGGAAAUCUGCCGCUACCUCCUGUCUCAGCCAGUACGGCCAUCAGAAAAAGGCCACAAAGUUCGUCUGGCGGUGGGAAACGGGUUGCGCCCCAGCGUGUGGGAGGCCUUCACAGAGCGUUUUGGCGUGGCACAGAUUGGCGAGUUCUACGGAGCAACUGAGUGCAACUGCAGCAUUGCCAACAUGGAUGGCAAGGUUGGAGCCUGCGGAUUCAACAGUCGCAUUCUUCCCAACGUAUACCCCAUCCGUCUGGUGAGGGUGGACGAGGACAGCUUGGAGCUAGUUCGUGACAGCCGGGGGCUCUGUGUGCCAUGCCGCCCUGGGGAGCCAGGGCUUCUGGUGGGUCGCAUCAACCAGCAGGACCCAUUGCGGCGUUUUGAUGGCUACGCUAACCAGGAUGCUACCAGGAAGAAGAUAGCUCACAAUGUCUUCAAGAAAAAUGAUUCUGCCUAUUUAUCAGGUGACGUGCUGGUGAUGGAUGAGAUGGGCUACAUGUACUUCCGUGACCGCGGUGGAGACACGUUCCGCUGGCGAGGGGAAAAUGUCUCCACCACUGAGGUGGAGGGCGUACUCAGCAGUCUUCUGGGUCAGACUGAUGUGGCUGUGUAUGGCGUGGCAGUGCCAGGUGUGGAAGGUAAGGCGGGCAUGGCUGCCAUUGCAGACACUACAGGGAGUUUUGACUGCAACAGCUUCAUGCAGAAAGUUCAGCAAGCUCUUCCUUCGUAUGCACGCCCCGUGUUCCUGCGAAUCUCCCCAAAUGUGGAUACCACAGGUACAUUUAAAAUCCAGAAAACCAGGCUGCAGAGGGAGGGAUAUGACCCACGUCUCACUACCGACCAGAUCUACUUUUUGAACGCUAGAGCCUCGUGUUAUGUGCCUGUAGACGAGGAGCUGUACAAUGCUAUAGCUGAGGGAAGAAUGUCUCUAUGAGAUGGAGGAGGCCGUAGCAGGGCAGGCAUGGUGCCUCAGUUUAAGAGAUGCUGUAGAGAGACAGUGGCGUAUGCAUAUGCUGUGUCAGGUCAGUAAGUCUUGGUGCACCACCUGUCUGGAUUUUAACCUUUCAGGUUGAUGGGACUACUUACAUAGUAAGUAUUGUUACAGAUGACGUUUUAACACUGUAUGAGUAACACACCAAGACAUAAUGUGAGGGCAUGUAUUCCCUUUAAUAACUUGUUUUUAAUUAUUAAAUGCACACCUCAAAAAGCCUUUGAGCAUCACUGCACAUAGAGUGGGUAUCUCUCACACCCCAUUUGAAGCAGGAUACAUGUUACAACAAUGUUAGGACAGCGAAGGGUAGCAACAGGCCAAGCUCUUACAGGGUAUAUACCCAUUUAUGAAAUGUGCUGCGAGAAUAAUUCUGUGUAGGUUUAAGCAAUACUUGAGUGAAGCAGUGAAGUUACUGAUGUGUGUUUGAAUGAAGCUGAAAGAUGAGACUUGAACAUGCAAUACAUGUGGCUACUAGAUCAAACACUAACCAUAGUCUUUGUUUUAAUGCAAUGGAAAACUAAUCUCACUUGUCAUAUUCCAACCUUUGAACAACACUGGCACGGGUUUGCAAAUACACAAAAGUUGUUACUCUAUGUGCCUUAUAUGAAACAUCAGAUCUGUGUUUCAUUUUUUUAAAUGCUUUUUUUGGAAAGGAGCUCAACAGAUUGUGGAAAUCACAGAAGUGAUUUUGUGUCGUGCAAAGCUAAGUCACUCAUAGUGACUGUCAUUUUAUGUACAAAUUUUAUCAGUGUUGUAAUAUAUGGGUGUUCAAGCUAUUUACAACUUCAGAUCCACUCCGAGACUACAUUUUUGUUGAAGCUAACUCAGAUUAAAUAUUUUAAAACA